UUAUUAUCAUGAUGGCUGUAAAGAUAAUGUAAAAUACAAGUUACAAUAGGAAAGGCACCAAGCCCCUUUUAUCAAAAACUCUAUCUCUCCCUGACCACAUUAUCUAUAGAUGACCCUGAAAAGAAUUGUCAGACAAUCAUUUGCAUUUCUAUCUCCAUGUGACUUGUCUUCUUGCCCUCUGAAGUCCCAGAGCACUACCCAUCCCCAACACCUUCCUCGCCUUUAGCUACAAUACUUAAGCAAGCAGCUUAGACAGAGAGAUGAGUUGCUCAUUUCUGAGUUUCUCCCAUGUAUACAUGUUGUUAAACUUGGUAUUAUUUUCUCCUGCUAACCUGUCUUGUUGAUUAUUUGGCCAGUCAUAAGAACCUUAAGGGAAAGGGCAGAGGGGGAUUCUCCCUCUCUCCUAACAGUUUUGGUGCCCAAUGUGGGGCCCCACUGGCUGGCAAGUUGCCUUCUCUGGCUAGAAGAACUGCCUUCUCCCUGGACUACUGCAGAUGAUGCGAUACGGGAACGCCUGACGAAAGCCGGCAAAAGGCACCUCUGUCCGGAGCUCUAAAGGACAAAGGGAAGAACCAUGUCCACGAUUGCAGCUUUCUAUGGUGGCAAGUCCAUUCUCAUUACUGGGGCCACGGGCUUCAUGGGCAAAGUGCUGAUGGAGAAGCUAUUUCGCACUAGCCCCGACCUGAAAGUCAUUUACAUCCUUGUGAGGCCCAAGGCUGACCAGACACCGCAGCAGAGGGUUUUCCAGAUCCUAAAUAGUAAGCUCUUUGAAAAAGUCAAAGAAGUUUGUCCAGACGUGCAUGAGAAGAUCAGAGCUAUCUCUGCAGAUCUCAAUCAGAGCGACUUUGCCAUCAGCAAGGAGGACACGCAGGAGCUUCUCUCCUGCACAAACAUCGUCUUCCACUGUGCCGCCACUGUACGCUUUGACGACCAUCUGAGACAUGCCGUGCAACUAAACGUCACUGCCACCCAGCAGCUCUUGCUUAUGGCCAGUCAGAUGCCAAAGCUCGAAGCCUUCAUACAUAUCUCUACUGCCUAUUCAAAUUGUAACCUGAAGCACAUCGAUGAAGUCAUCUAUCCAUGCCCUGUGGAGCCAAAAAAAAUCAUCGACUCCAUGGAGUGGUUGGACGACGCUGUUAUUGACAAGAUUGCACCCAAGCUGAUCGGGGAUCGGCCCAAUGCUUACACCUUCACCAAGGCCCUGGGAGAGAUGGUGGUGCAGCAGGAGAGCAGGAACCUAAACAUUGCCAUCAUAAGGCCCUCCAUUGUGGGAGCAACCUGGCAGGAGCCUUUCCCAGGUUGGGUUGAUAACCUAAAUGGACCUAAUGGGAUCAUUAUUGCGACCGGGAAAGGACUUCUUCGGGCCUUAAGAGCUACUCCGAAGGAUGUCUUAGAUGUAGUUCCAGUUGAUAUAGUCGUCAACCUCACCUUGGCUGUAGGAUGGUACACGGCAGUUCACAGACCUAAGUCAAUGUUAAUCUACCACUGUACAUCUGGUAACCUCAAUCCCUGUAAUUGGGGCAAAAUGGGACCGCAAGUCUUGGCAACCGUCAAAAAAUUCCCAUUUGAGAAAGCUUUUAGGAGGCCCAAUGCUGACUUCACAACCAACACCAUCACAACCCUUUACUGGAAUACAGUCAGCCACCGUGCCCCUGCCAUCAUCUAUGACUUCUGUCUGUGGCUCACAGGAAGGAAGCCCAGGAUGACAAAGCUCAUGAAUCAGCUUAUAAGAAGCCUUUCCUUAGUGGAGUAUUUCAUCAAACAGACUUGGGAAUGGAGCACAGACAAUACAGAAAUGCUGAUGUCCAGGCUGAGUCCUGAGGACCGGAGGGUAUUCAACUUCGAUGUGUGCCAGUUGAACUGGUUGGAGUACAUUGAAAAUUAUGUUUUAGGAGUUAAGAAGUACUUAUUGAAAGAGGAUAUGGCUGGGAUCCCAGAAGCAAAGCAACACUUAAAAAGGCUCCGAAACAUUCACUACCUCUUCAAUACCGCCUUCUUCCUCAUCGCCUGGCGCCUUCUCAUUGCCAAAUCUCAGAUCGCUCGGAAUGUCUGGUUCUUCAUCGUGAGCCUCUGUUAUAAAUUCGUCUCCUACGUUAGAGCAUCCAGCACGCUCAAGGUCUAAGAACAUUUGACAAUCUCCUUUUAUCUGGAACCUCUCAGAUACCUCUAGAACAGCAAACUACGGUUCUCAAGAUUAGGAAGUAACAAAGAAUAGGCCCAAGUUCAUUACCUCUCAAAUGUGCUGUCAUGUAUUCAUCCCUAUUUCUUAACUAUAUGUUCUUUUUAUUUCAAUGAGAGAAGUCAAGUCAUAUGCCAGCCUAUAAUCAUACAUAUUUUAGGAAAAAAUUACUUCCAUAUUGUUUCCUAACACUCUAUUCUAUGCCCUUGAAUAUAAAACACCACAGUAUACCCAUCUUCCCAUAUCUAGCUCUUCUUGAGAGGACUAAUGUUGACAGAAUAAACAUGGAAGAACUCAUGGUAGAAGCUGAAAUAUGCUAAGAAGGGCAGUUCAAAAACCUUGGAGCCGUUCUGGGGAACCCAGUAUAAAGGUUUAAAACCAAGAUAAGUAGAGGAUGAAUGGUCUCAACAUCCUCACAAAUGCCGCAGGUGAAAUAAUUCUCCACUGCUGUCUCUGCUUCCUCUCUGUGCUUUAUGGAGUCCUGGGUGAAGGCUGGGGGGAACAUUUUUCUUAACUACACCCACUUCUGAAACCUAAAAAGAACCAAGAGGUGUAAACAAUUAUACAGAGAAGGAGGGCUUAAGUAUAUUGGCAUUGGGACUCAGUUUAUUAUACUUUUAGGUAAAAAUUAAUUCUUGUAAUAUGAAUUUGACAACUAUUACUUCUAAAUCUUUUGAAUCACAAGUUUUCCUGAUAGUCUUAAGAGUUUCCUUCUUAUUCAAUAAAGUCACCAAACUUGUUAUUUUGAAGCUGAUUUUGCUCAGGCCUCAAGCUGAGUGACUAAUGGGAGAGGAAGGUUCUAGUCUAGAAUCAUAGAAAAACCCAGUCCCCCUGAUCUUUCCCACUCAGAAAAGCAAAAUUUCCAAUAAAAUUUUCAGUGCUAGUUUUAGUCUUUUUUUAUAAAGUGGGGAAGAUGCCUCUUCUGUGAUCACUAGGACUUGCUAGUACCUUGAUCAUUCCAAUUAUACAAUGUUAAUUGUACAAUGUACAGCAGGAGAGGAUAGACUUCAUUAAGGGACUCUAUAGAUGUUGUUUUGUUUAAAAAUAUUUUAUGUAUACUGCAAGUGAAUUAAUCAGUAAAAACUGUAUUUAUUCCCAAAUUCCUAUAUGAAAAAUAUAACUGUUACUCCAACUUUCCUCAUAUGUGAGAGAUCAGUGCAUGUUGGAUUACAGCAUUUCAUGUUAGGAACGUGAUUAUUCAAAUAUAAUAUCUGAGGCCUGAGCAACUAAAAAUAAUCACAAGUCCUAGAAAAUUACACAAGCAUAAAAUGUUAACAAUGGCAGGUGUAUUUAAGCUCACUUUCUGGAAUAAUUGGUAAUACUCAGAGAGGCACAUUCAGGUUGUUGAAGUGUACAAGGCCUUAAGCGCUGCUCCUAGCCCAGUGCUACCUGAGAUUUUUCUGAACCCCACAAAGGACAUUUUAGGGGAACUCUUUCCCAAUCUCAUCUAAGUUCUGCGAACUACUUCCAGGGCAGACAACCCAGCUCUAAAACAAAGCAACUGGUGACCUUUAGUUUGAGAAGUCUAGAACAUACUUUUGAGUGACAUUGAUUGAGAUACAAACUAUAGAUAUGAUAAAAUGGAAAUCUAUAUAAUUCAAUGAGAUUGGAUAAAAUAGUUCUAAGAAUUUGCUAUCUUUUGAUUAUUGUAUGCUUCACCAAUUCAUUAAAUUCCCCUGAUCAAGUAUUCACAUUUUGACUUUUGAUUAAAUGAAAAUUUGAAUUAAAAAAUGUUUUCCUCUCA